CGUCUCUCGGUCCGGUGACGCAUGUGACGUCGGGUCGCGUUCGGGUCUCACGUUAGCAGCUCAGCGGUUGUCAGGAGCAGAAUAAUGUCUCUCACAACCACCAGCAGAUAGUCGUGGUGCACAUGAGCUCGUUGUAAAACCUCCCGGUGUCGCUGUGCUUCACACGUUUCACACGAAAAAUGACCGAGUUGACAGAUUCCCUGACGAAAGAGGGCUGGUACCUCAGUGAUGAAGGCAUAGCAGAGCUGAAAGGAUCUGCUGAGAAAGUAACACACAGCGACAUCAUUCGCAUUGCACUUGAUAAUGAUCUUAGGUCUACUGGAAGGAAAUUUCUACCAUCUGAUAUCAACAGUGGAAGAACUGAGAAGUUGGACGGUCCAUGUGUUCUCCAGGUGCAGAAGGUGAGGAACAUCUCGGCUCCUAAAGACCAUGAGGAGUCCCAGGGCGCACCGCGAAUCCUGCGCCUCCAAAUGACAGAUGGGCACACCACCUGUGUUGGACUGGAGUUUAAACACCUGUCUAAGAUCAGCCUUAACACCCCUCCUGGAACAAAGGUGAAGCUCCUUGGAACUCUCCAAGUUAAAAAUGGUCUUUUGCUGCUCGAUGACUCAAAAAUCUCCGUCCUUGGAGGAGAGGUUUAUCACAUGGUGGAGAAAUGGGAACUGCAAAGGAGUCUGGCCAAACACAGCAGGAAUCACAUCGGAGCAGAAGGAGGACCUCCUCCCUUUGUGCAAUUCGGUCAGAAAUGUGCAAGGAAGGAUGAAGUGGACAGCAGAGACCUCGACCAGAGGAAAACCCUGCAGACUCUCAAUGUGUUCAAAAGCGCCGACGAGAACGAUGAGUUUGAAAAGCAACGGACAGCAGCAAUCGCUGAGGUGGCCAAGACCAAAGAGGGUCCCCGCACAUUUGGAGGUGGAGGAAAUGCAGGCAGUAAUUUAUCCAGCGCUGCUUCCUUCUCCCGGGGCAGAGACUCGUACCAGCAGAGGAGACGAGACGACAGGGUUGAAAGACCCGAAAGCAGACAGGAUGAAAAUUACCGAGAGCUGGUGGAUGAAUAUGCGCUGAGAGACAUCAUUGAGAUGGGCUUUAACAGGGAGGCUGCUCGACUGGCUCUGAUGGAUAAUAACAACAAUCUAGAAGUGGCACUAAACUGCCUACUGACUGGAUCUUGUGGAAGCAGACCUGCUGCCCCUGUGGUAGCUGAGCCUAUCAAGCCCCAACCCAGAGGCAGAGGAAGAGGAAGAGGCCGGUCCAGAAAUGAAGAUGAGGAGGAGGGAGGAGGGGGAAGACCAUCUGGUCCGAGCACACUGUUUGACUUCCUGGAAUCUAAGAUGGGAGUUUUCUCCAUCGAUGAGCCAAAGAACCAGGCACCUCCGAGACAUCAUGAGUUUAAAGCAAAUUUCUCCAACACGGACUAUUACUCGAAGGACUCAUCUCAAACCAAGUUCUCCUCACAUUAUGACCAUAGGCAACAAAGGAAUGACCGACCACCUCGCUUCCACAGGGACACUGAUUUUCCUAAACCAGGCCAGGAGCCUCUCUCUAACUCUACCACCUCCCAAACAUCAGCUCAGCCUCAGCACUGGAAGAGCCAGGAGAGAUGGUCACGAGGGACGUCAGACAGAUCGCAAUUUGAAAGGAGGGAGAUGCGAGAUGAGCAGAUUUUUCCUCCUCCUCUUGCGAUGACUUGCACUCGUUCAAAAGAACCUCAACAGCAGAUGGAGUUCAGUGGCUCUUACAACCAGAGACCCAGAAAUGGAGAUGGUGGGAACAUGGCUGGACCAUCUCACAGGAGAGGGUUUAAAGACGAUAUACCCUCGCCUAAACAGAAUGAUCCUGCAGACAUUGAGGUGGAUGGAAGAGUAGGUAAUAAGCGUACCGACAGAAUUGAAGAACCCAACAACAGCAGGAGGAAGGGGAAGACUGACCGGCCCAACUCAGAAUACUACGAUCGACAAAGGGCAGGUGGCCCACUCAACUUCAAGGGAGGAAGCUCAGGGGUGACCCAAGAAGUGGGGUCACCACAGGAUAUCCGGUUCAUCACAGUGGAUCCUAAUAAUUUCCAAAAUGGAGAUAUGGAACACAAAAGAACUGGGCCAAUCAAGCCAACAAACGCAUCGUGUCCCCCCAACAGGGAGCCUCCCUCCAGGAAAGCCCCUUCUAACAACUUCGGACCUAAAAGAAGGUCAGGACAAGGCCGGGGGCAAGGUGCCAGAGGAUCAGAGAAAGGUUAUGUUGUGGAACAGGCUUGGAAACCUGGAGACCGGUGUCUGGCUCUCUACUGGGAAGAUGGCAAGUUCUACCAUGCCAGAAUAGAUGCUGUGCAUCCAUCGGGCUCCACAGCCGUGGUCGUGUUUAGCGAUUACGGAAACUGUGAAGAGGUUCUGCUGUAUAACAUUAAACCUAUUGCUCCUGAUUCAUUGGAGGAAGAUGAUGGUUUCUAUGACAGUUCACUGGAGUUCCGCCGUGGGGGAGAUGGACAGCCGAGACGAACGAGACCCACGCAGCAGUACUACCAGCCACCCAGGGCACGAGAUUGAUGUGUCUGUGUUUGCACUGGCAGUGGGCUUGUCCCACACCCUUCCACGACGGAGAUCGUGUCACUUUCUGCAACAAUCCUGAGUGCUUCCUGAAUUUUUAAGUGUACACACUGUCAGGACAUGAAGAACUCUUCUAAGGGCUUGGACCUCAUGCAAAAAUACAAGGAAAAAAAAUUAAACUGACAUGAGCACCUGUUGUUUUUGUUGAAGACAUAUCUACUGUAUAUGUUGUGAAGGUUUGUUAAAUGGAUACAUUCAAAUAAACUGUUAUUAUGGUAUGUA